AUGCCUCUCCGACUGAUCCCUCUGUCGGACGACAAGGACUUGGAAACGGCCCCCCAAAGUCCUCGACCAGGGGUAAUGUCUUAUCAGUUAGGCAUUGCGUGGAAGAGAUACUUACGACGAGUUCUCAUUGCCGCUGUCGCCCUGUUCUUUCUCCUUCACACCGUGCAAUUGAGCACAGCAGGCGACCAAGUGGAAUCAGCGACCUAUGGGCUGAGUGUGACCUGGCCAAAGGAUCAUUACAAAUCCAGUUUCCUUCCCGUUGAACAAGCAGAGGAGUUGUGUAAGAGCCAAAACUUCACAGUCUUUCCCGAGCGUCACCACCAUCGAAAGGUCUACGACCUCUUUUUGAUUGGAACCGAGUUGGACUGGCUGGAGAUCCGCCUAAAUGAGCUUCACCGCCAGGUGGACUAUUUUGUCAUUGUGGAAUCUCCUCGCACGUUCACGAAUCUGCGGAAGCCUCUUCACUUCAAAGACAACUUUGAGCGUUUCCAGAGGUUUGCUCCUCAAAUCAUAUACCGGAUGGUGGACUUUGAUGGCAUGGAGGACAACUCGACCUGGGAGCGUGAGGCAUACCAGCGCAAUUCACUGUUUGAUGCAGUAUUUCCGAGUCUCGUCGGUGUCCAAGCACCCAGCCUGGGAGACGUGAUCAUGGUGUCCGACACCGACGAGAUACCACGCCCGUGGACCAUCACCUUGCUUCGAAACUGCGAGUAUCCUCAACGAGUCACGCUGAGAAGCCGCUUCUUCUACUAUUCCUUUCAAUGGGAACACGCCGAGAGUGACUGGUACCACCCUCAGGCAACAUUCUACCAUGGAAGUGCCACCAUCCGACCAGAGAAUCUCCGCAUGGGCCAGAGUGAUCGGGAAAUCUUCAAUUCGUCCUGGCAUUGCAGUAGCUGCUUCGAAACCGUGGCUGAGAUGGCCAACAAGAUCGGCUCCUUCUCCCACACUGAAUAUGAUCAACCAGAAUUCAAAGAUCCCGCGGAAAUUGUCCGACGGGUCCGCAAUGGACUGGACCUGUUUGACCGGGAAGACGAGAAGUACGAAAAGGUUGACUCACGAACCGACAUCCCGGCGUAUCUGAAAGCGAAUGAGGAGCGAUUUGCGUUCAUGAUCGACCGUGACCCUCUGAACGCCAACUUCCGAGAUUAUCCCCCAUCGGCACGGAUUUGA